GGCAGUGGAGGCAGCAUGGAGCAGGGGCAGCGAGUCUUCGAGGGGCCCAAGGUAGAACUUCACAUCCACCUGGAUGGAGCCAUUAGACCAGAAACAAUCCUAUACUUUGGCAAGAAAAGAGGGAUUCCUCUCCCCGGCAACACUGUUGAUGAGCUCUUGAAGCACAUCAGCUACAAUACGCCGCUGUCGCUUACCAAGUUUCUAGAGAAAUUUAAUCACUACAUGCCCGCCAUCGCGGGGGACCGCGAGGCGGUGCGGAGGAUCGCGUACGAGCUGGUGGAGACAAAAGCGAAGGAAGGCGUCGUCUACGUGGAGGUCCGCUACAGCCCUCACCUCUUGGCCAACUGCUCCGUCAGCCCCAUCCCCUGGGGACAAGCCGAGGGAGACCUCACUCCGGAUGAAGUUGUUCAGAUCGUAAAUCAGGGACUGAAGGAUGGAGAAAGGGAUUUCCACAUCAAAGCCAGGUCUAUUCUAUGCUGCAUGCGCCAUAUGCCAAGCUGGUCUCCGGAGGUGGUGGAGCUCUGCAAGAAGUAUCAAAACAACUCCGUGGUGGCCAUAGACCUGGCCGGGGACGAGUCGCUGAAGGUGGAGGAUACCUCUGGCCAUAAGGCGGCUUACGAGGAAGCCGAACGAUGCGGCAUUCAUCGCACCGUCCACGCCGGGGAGGCCGGGCCGUCUGCCAUGGUUGAGGAGGCAGUGUAUCUCCUGAAGACCGAGCGUGUUGGCCAUGGCUACCAUGUCCUGGAGGACCCCAAGCUCUACAAGGAGCUGCUGAGAACCAAGAUGCACUUUGAGGUCUGUCCCUGGUCCAGUUAUCUGACCGGAGCAUGUCUGCCGGACUUCAGGAAACACCCAGCCGUGCAAUUUAGGAAGGAUCGGGCUAACUAUUCGAUAAACACCGAUGACCCCCUCAUCUUCAAUUCCAGCAUCAACAUGGAUUACAGCAUACUGAAGGACCACAUGGGCUUCACUGAGGAGGAUUUCAAGACAGUGAACAUCAAUGCAGCUCAGUCCAGCUUCUUACCUGAGAAAGAAAAGCAGGAACUUCUCAAUACGCUGUAUGAAGCCUACGGGAUGGCACCCAACGCAUCGUGAUGCGUUCCUGCAAGCCAGCGUGGAGCCGUGGCCCUUCUUCAUGCGUGCUCAACUCUCCUCUGUGCUGUGGGAGUGCCAGAAGGUGCCUGGGGUCAGUCUCCAUUCCUGGCAUCCCGUGUUAACCUUUACAGUGCUAUGCAGAAUCAGGCUCCUAUCACACACACACACCCCUAUUGCCCCCAUGAACCGUCUCCCAAAUGGACAUCCAGCUUCCUCUGCUGCUGUGCACGCAGACCCAAACGCCUCCCUUCAGCUGCUGCUCCCUCUGUACCAUAAACGAGAGCAGAGGGACCUCUCGUGCCCCACUGACCUGCCUUAGCCCUUGCCCGUGGUGCAGAAGUAAUCUCCUCUGGCUCUGACUGUCAGGGUUAAUCUCAACCAUUCUAGGAAAAAGGUGUGCCAGGUCGGGAGUGAGUAGGUGUGAGGGUAGGGAGCUUUGGCUGCAGCUGUGUUUACCUGUGGUUAGUCUUGUGCUAACAGGCCCAGGACAAGAACAAGCUGGAAGCUGGUGCACAGGUCUGAAGGGCUUUUUUUUUUUAAAGGCCUUUUUUGGCAUCCUCUCAGCCGAGGAGUUCUGUGUAUCAGGCCUUACAACAUCGCUGCCGCGGAAGCGCACACCUUGGGCUGCAGCUGUGCUCACAGCUGGCCGUGAGCGUGCUCACACAUGCAUAGGAAGUUGGAAAGGAUUUUUACCAUUUUGGGCCCAAAUCUGCCUUCUGGGACUUUCCCAGUUUUGUACUCAUCCUAGACGAUUCCUGUAAACUGCAUUUUGCUCUUCCUGCAUCCUUGUUUAGGACCUUAGAAAAAUUGUGCUCGAUUGCCUGUUUUAACCAUUCUGCACUUUUCCUGAUGUGACAUAAUCUUACGGCACUAUUAAACUCAGUGAUUAAUAAGCUAGGGCCCAAUAUCAAAUAUUGACUCAGGUCCCAUCUGAAUUGCUUUUCCCGCUUAACCACAACACCGGCUAGGUGGAGACCUUCAGCUUGGUGGAGAACUUGCAAGGAAAUAUUCACCAAAAUUCCUAAGCCGUUUUGGUGCAUUACAGUAUUUUUACUUAAUAUGCAAUAGAGCCAUGCAUCCAGAGAAGUGGCAGUUUUCCUACUGACAUAGAGCUCCUCAAUGCACAUGAGGAGGGAGCGUGGUAUGGGGCAUGCUGCAGCAUCCCAGGCGUCUGCAAAGGUGCACGCUCCAAAGAUACUUCACCAAAAAGUUGCCUUUGGCGAAGGGCUGUGGUGGUCCUGGACAGUGGCUGCUCAGCCUCAGCCAGCAGCGACCAAGUGCCGGGAAUGUUUCCUUUCUUUCUAGGCUUCCAGAUUUGUCUUCUGAGUAAAAUACUCAUCUCUGAAAUACGUGGUGCAUACAUACACCUAGAUGGAUAGGAGAGAGUGAAUUUCUUUUUUCUUUUUUUUCUUAAAGCAAAUGAUAAAUCAUCACUUUUAAGAAUAUGGUUGCUGUUAGAGCCAGGCUUUUUUGAGUUAAUUUUUCUCCAAAAUUGGUUUCUGAAGAAGCUGCUUGUUUGGAUUCUGGACAGUUGAUUGUUAAUCCCGUUUAAUAAAAUAACAACUUUAUAUUAAAA